AUGGCUCCCGCAGCAGUCGCAGCUCCCGUCCCGAUCGAAGGCUUCGUGCCCAAGUCGAAGCCCGUCAAUACGGAUCUGAAAGCCGCCCAGCCCCUGCCCGCCCAUCCCUCCGGCCCGAACCGCCUGUUCGCCCAUCCCUCCCAGCAGUUUGGCGACUGGCGCGAUGACAUCCUCCGCGAUGGAUAUGUCGUCAUCAAGGGCGCUAUCCCUCGCGACCGUGCCGAUGGCUACGGCGAGCAGAUGAUGUCGUACAUCGAGAACUUUGCUGGGGGCCUCGGUUUUGACCGCAGCGACCCAUCGACGGUCAAGGAGAGCAACAUGCCCGUCAUCAACGAGAAAGGCAUGUGCCUAGGCUACGGUAUCGCUCACGAGGACUUCACCUGGGCCGUUCGACAGGAGCCCGGCAUCGUCGACGCCUUCGAAAAGGUGUACGACACGAAGGAUCUCAUCGUCUCGUUCGACGGUGUCAACAUGACUUUUCCCAAUCGAAACGAUCUCAAGCCCAACAAGCCGUGGCCUCACCAGGAUCAGGACCCGAGCAAGCCUGGCUUCCGCUGCAUGCAGGGACUCGUGAAUCUGCUUCCAAACGGUCCUAACGACGGCGGAUUGAUCGUGUGCAAGGGCGCUCAUCUGCUCAGCGAGGCUUUUCACCGCGAAUUCGCUAACGAACCCGACCGAAUCUGGGCGUGGACCAAGGAGUGGUACGGAUUCACCGAGAGCGGAAUGGCCUGGCUCGCCUCCAAGGGCUGCGAGUGGGUAAAGCUUGAUGCUGAGCCGGGUGACCUGCUGCUAUGGGAUAGCCGCACGCCCCACUACAACCUCAGUCCUACGGGUCAGCAGCCUCGAUUCUGCAUCUACACCUGCUUCAUGCCGGUGACCGAGGCAAGCGACGAGGACCUGGUGCGCAAGAAGCAUGCAUUCGAAACGCUGCAGAGCACCACGCACUGGCCCAACGCCAUGCACGUUGGCGGUCUGCCUGUGCUCCGCGAUGGAAAGCCCUGCCCGUACAACACUGGCAAGCCUCGACAGCAACCCGCGCUGUCGCAGAGAGGCUGGCAACUGACGGGCAUCCCCUACAUGAAGGCAUGA